UUGCCCAUCGUUGAACAGCGCCUGCAUACAAGAUUCUGCUUUUAAAGUAAGAGAACUGGAUUUGUCUCGGAGUCUACACAGUUUUUUCUUGGAAACUUUUCACAGGAAGGUAAUUCACAGUCACAGGGGAUUUUCAUUUUUAAUCCGUGAAGUUGUUUGGUAGGAUUCUUUUCACAAGAAACGAAAUUGGUGGUGUUAAUUAAGGAUUUGGUCUGAUUAGUUCUGUGGAAGUUGAAGAUAAGUUAGAGUGGUUAGCAAAGCAUGCCGUUUCAAUAUUCUUCUUCAUCUUCUAGCAGCAGGUAUUUGGGAUUUGAGGGAGAUCGGCCUCGUCAGGGACCUGUAAGGUGGUCUGAAUCUCAGGAAUGUAGUGAUAGUCGUAGGAGUGCUCGGUUUAGUGAUCAUCUGAAGAUAAAGCAGGAUGAAGGCAAUUGUCAUACAGAGUUCAGUCCCAAUUCAGUUACAGGGCAUGUUGGGAGGUCUGCAGUAGGACCUCCGCCUUCUCCUUCUCCAGUUUGCAGUCCCACCAACAGUUUAAGCCCUGCCUGCUCACCCAGAGGUACCCCAUAUGCUCACAGCCGCCGCCAUGGAGAAGCUUAUUCAAGAACUGAGGGAUCGACAGGACCAUCUAAUAGAGGGAAAAGACCGGUGGGAGAAACACAUGGAGAAGCAGUAGUAGCUGGCCCAUCAUCAGGAAGGUCUGAUAAUUCCCAGCUUCCUCUCUUGGCUACUGGGAAUAUGUAUUCUAACAGAGAAAGCAAACCUGCCCCAGAAAACCCAGAAGAUGAGGACAACGAUGAGGUCCGGGAAAUUCAUAUGACUGAGGAGCGAUCAAGAUCUGCAAAUACUAAUAAUCAAAUAAUCAGGCGGCCUCGGCAGCAGAACUGGUCUGAUACUUCCAUGGGCUCCUUUAUCUCCAGUGAUGGCGAAAGCAUAAGUCUCAGCACAGAGUUUAACAACGUUCUUGCAGCUGCUGCAGCGGCAGGCACUAAUAACUCUGCACAGGCUGCUGCAGAGUCAGAGCGUUUGAGGAAUAUAUUGGAGGAAGUUUCUCCUACAAGAAGGGGUCAUUUGCCUGGAAUUGGAGAGGAGGAACCCACCAGAAGCGAUGAGAGAGAUCAAACAGAAAAUAAUAUCAACAGAAGAGACAGAGAUAGCAUGGCUCUUGUUCUAUCUACUGAUAAUAAUCAUACUACUAGUAACAAUACUGCUGCUCCUGAAAGAAACCCGGAUCAGAGAGGCGGUAGAGACUAUUUGGCUCUGGUUCCCAUGAAUGGAACCCAUGAAUCCUCAGGGUCGAAUUCAGAUAGAGAUGCUCCAAUGAGCUCGUGGGACUCUCAGAAUAAUGAGAACGAGAGAGCUGUGGUCAAUCAUGGCGAAUCAAGUGGAGAUAGAAAUGGAUCUACGUCGUCUAAUUCCGUACGAAAUUGGAAAGAUAAGGGAGGUCAAGUGGCGACACCUAAGCAAUUGGCUUUGGCGAAAGUAAAGAGAGACAAGAUUGAAGCAAAAGCAGUUGCUUGGGAAGAGGCCAAGACUGCUGAAGUCGACAACAGGUUCAAGAGGGAGGAAUCAAUAACCAUGGCAUGGGAAAAUGAACAGAAGGUGAAAGCCAACAUAAAAAUGAAGAAGGUGGAGAGAAAACUAGAGGACAAAAGGGCUAAGGCAUUUGAGAAAAUGCAGAAUGAGAUUGCAAGAGCACAUAGAAAAGCAGAGGAGAGGAGGGCAGUUGCUGAAGCUAAAAAAGGUGCUGAAAAUGCCAAGAUAACAGAGGCUGUGGAAAAAAUAAGAGCCUUUGGAAGACUUCCCAGAAAAUUUCUCAUCUUUUGAAUUAAGGAGAUCUGAGUUUUCUUUGGGCUUUUUGCUGCUUCUUUUUUUUUGUCUUUCUGAUCUUUGUGCUUGAGAUUUGGAAGAUCUACUAUUACAUGCACAGUGUGCAAGAGUCAUAUUUAGGCGAUAAUGUCUACAUCCAUCACAGUAACUAUCCAUAGGCCUUAGUGAUUUCAUGAGCAGGUCAUUGAUUGGAUUGAAAUGAGAUAUGGAUGUCAGCCAUAGUUAUGCAAAUAGAAAAUUAGCGACUGUAAAUAGUAUGUUGGAAGAGGAAAAAGGAACCAAAUUUGUAAGUACAUAUCACACUAUAUUAUAAAAUAUGCUCACGGGCUUUAGUACUAAAUACUGUAAUUAUCUCUCAUGGACUAUUUUACGACUUCAAGUCCAUGUACAAAUUAUCUUUUUAAAAUAAAUAUAGUAUAUUUGAUUGUACUAAUUUUUCA